ACACACACACACUGAGGGGUGUGUCAGAGCAAUUUAGUUCCUCAAGGAAGUACAACUCAACAUUAUCUUAAGACAGGGUGGCAGCAGUGACAGAAGCGCUGCAGGAGGGCUUUUUUUUUUAAAGCUUUUCAUUCAGCUUGUGGUGAAAAUGAAGACGUCUUUUUAAAAAUCAACCGUCCUGUGCUGUCAACCUGAGACAGAGUGAAGGGAGAGGCAGAUUUCUGACACACACAAAAGGAGGGAGGGGGACUCUCACAACACUCAGACAACCAUGGACCACUUCAGCUCCAAGGACAUGGCGUUGAGCGCGCAGAAGAAGAUCCUCAGCCGCAUGGCCACCAAGAGCUCGGUCCAAAUGUUCAUCGACGAAACCACGAGCGAGAUCCUGGACGAACUGUACCGCGUCUCCAAAGGCUACUCGGGGAACAAGUCGGAGGCGCAGAAGGUGAUCAAAGACCUGGUGAAGAUCGCCGUGAAGAUCGGUUUGCUGUUCAGGAACAACCGCUUCAGCACCGAGGAGCUGGGAAUCGCCACGGAUUUCAAGAAGAAGCUGCACCAGGGGGCCAUGACGGCUAUCAGCUUCUACGAGGUGGAUUUCACCUUCGAUAACGGGGUGAUGUCAGAACUCCUGACCAGCUGCAGGGAUCUGUUGUUGAAGCUGGUGAACACGCACCUCACCCCCAAAUCCCACAACCGCAUCAACCACGUGUUCAACCAUUACUCCGACCCCGAGCUCCUGACCAAACUGUACGACCCCAGCGGCACCUUCAGACCCAACCUCACCAAGAUCUGCAAAGGACUCGACAAACUCAUGGAGGACGGGACAAUAUGACGUCAAAACAAAACAAUCAAAUGUCACACAGACACUGGGAGAUCAACAGACUCACAUGAGACUCAGAACUGUUGGACACAUUUUGGUCUUACUGCUGCUGAGGAAUGGCAACGUAAAACAAGUGAUUUGAGAACAAAAGCUCAACGACGCCCCAUCGUUCUCGAAGAACAUGCGGGAUGAGGAACAUUGACUCAUUCCUCAAGUGUUCAGUGUUCAGAGGUGAUAUACUGUUUAAUUGUGAUGUAGACGAAUUCUCAGAAAAAUAAUAAACUGUAUCGGCUGUUUUUAUUAGAUAAGGAAAUGUCAUUAGAUGCUUGAUAUUUGAGGCCUUGAAAUGUUUCUUUGAGAACUACUGAUGUUGGGUAUUCAGGAGAGAUGUUAGCAGCUGGAAAUAUUGCAUAGAGAGGACGGACAGGGAACAAUGCCACUGUAAUACAGCACUGCCAUCUGGUGGUGAAGAUGCCGCUUCAUUGUACUGUAUUUCCCAAAGCUUCCGGAAGCCAAUAAUAAAGCCAAAUAACCCCGCA